GACUAUGAAAUAGUGUGGAAUUUAUGUCACCCUUUACAUAGUGACAUUCCUAAAAGGAAGAAAGCAUGGGAUGAAAUUUUAAAAAGAUUGGCAAGGAAAAAUGUUUCAGCAGUUACAGUAAGGCGUAAAUGGCAAUACAUUCGAAGAACUUUACUAAAGACUUCAUAUAUUAUUAAACUACAAAAUAGCGAUAGGUACCCUGAUAUCAAGUAUAUGCGGGACACCAUUUGCUUCAAUUAUAAGGUGCUUAAGAAAAAUAAAUGUCCUGCUGAUAAUACAGAAAAUUGGGAAGGCACGUUAUUUGCAUCGGAUGAUGCUGACAACGAAGAAAAUAGUGACAGUGGUGACGAAAGUCAAAACUCAUCAAGUCAACUGGAUACGUCGAGUGAAUGUACCAACGACGAUAUGGAGACAGAAGAAAAUGAUGUCAGUGAUGACGAAAACCAGGACACAUCAAAUCAACUGGAUACUUCGACUGAAUACACCAACGACGAUAUGGAGCCAGAAUAUUCUGUUAGUGGUGAUGAAACGUCGCUUUCUAGGACGGAAACUGCUAGUGAAUAUAAUGGCAGUUAUUCGGAAUUAAACAAUUCUGACACUGAUGAAGGAAAUGUAGAUACGUGUGAGUCGCAAUCUGUAUUUGACGACGAUUCAGAAGACGACAUUUGUGGUGGUACCGCUGAUGAGUUUCAGUCGAAGCAAAUACUUGAAUACCUCAUAAUGGGCCUACCUGUGUUACGCCAAAAUGAUGGUCAGUUCAAUAAUUUGUUUUUGCUCUCGAUGGUGCCUGCUUACAAUAUCCUGACUGCUAAUGAUAAAAUUCUAUUUAAUGAGCAAUUACAAGAGUUCAUUAAUGAUGCUAGAAGAUUUCAGUAG